CACCGAGCCAGACAGAGUGCAACUCGGGAAUCUUAAGAGAGCACAACUUUCAAUUGAGCAAGAUGUAAGCUUUGCAUUUGACUAAACUCGACUCAGAGGGCGGUCUCUCCAGAUCAGCACGUUGGACAGCGACAGAGUGCUUAUUUCAGGACUUCCAAACCGAAGGAGAGCGCACGCGGUGCCCCGUUGACGAGAGCGCAUCGCAGAACGCAAUCAAGACAUGCAAUCCAGUCUCUUCUUAAAUGGCGCAAUGGGUUUCAGCGCUUCAUUUAACCGCUUGCACUGAACUAAUGGCGUCGUCGAAAUCAAUACCCACUGUUGUAUCCAGUAUGACAAAGGCAUCUGUACUUAGGGGAGUAACGGCAGCCUUAGAUGCCAGGACAUCUGAAGUCGCAGAUGACUGAGUCCCUUCACGCACCUUUGAUAGAUAGCCUAGAAUAUUUAAUAGAAUUGACAAGUUAAUCACACCAUGGGUAUACGACACCUUUUGCUCCUUCUUAUAUACUUGGACCCUCUGAGCGUUCUCAGUGCCGCUACGGCCGGUAAAAAGGUAAAGUCGCUACCGAAGAAGAUAGUCAAGCCGAAAGACGCGAACGCUACCGUGGCGGUUCCCACCGCUUCCCCGCAGAAGAAUCCCCAAGUCCAGCUACCGGUCGCCAGUAACCACGAUACUUGUCUGGGCUACUACGACGUCAGCGGACAAUAUGACAAACAGUUCGAGUGCAACAACACCGAUCACCGUUACUGCUGCGGCACGUGUUUCCUGCGCUUCUGCUGUCAGUUCAAAGGGAACCGGAUAGAUCAGAAAGCAUGCACAAACUACCACACACCGGACUGGGUGAAGACGGUUGCCCCGUCGCCUAUCCCAACGGGGGAAACCUACGAUCCGAGCAUGGAUCAGACGAACACAGCCGUCUAUAUCACGUGUGGGAUCAUUGCGUUCAUCAUAGUACUCGGGGUGUCGGUGAAAGUUGCCUACGACAAAGCUACGGAGCCGCCUCAGGAGAUGAACAUUCAUAGAGCCCUAGCAGACAUUCUGAGGCAGCAGGGUCCCAUCCCCAUCUCCCAGUACGACUGUGAGAACUUCGCCGCGAUGAAUGGCUCCCCCAAGGACAACACACCCAUGAGGACCUCCUCCAAGAACCACUACACGCCGGUCCACACCUCCAAGUCCAACCACGGUCUCCACUACGGGAAGGAGAGUGUCCGCAGCAGUGGAGGUCACGACCUUCACAACUUCAUCUCCUCCGGCUUCGUUACCUUGGGAAGAGGUCCUCAGAAAG